AUGGCUUACAUAAACAAAAUAAAACAAAUGCUUUGCCAUUAUAGAAACGAAACAUGUAUCAUGAAAACUUGCGACGUACGCUGUGCAAGCUCUCAUGGAAAAUGCAAUCCUCAAACUGGUAAAUGUGAGUGCUGUCGCGGUUGGUCUGGACCAAACGCGAAGUAUGAUAGUGCACUUGAUCGAUAUGUUGCAGAUUAUUGUGACAAAGAAUGUCAAUUCCUUGGAGCAGGCGUAGCUAAUCCUGAGUGCAAAAAGGUUCCAGAAGUUGUGCCACCAUGCGACCCCAAGUGCUCCAAUAGUGAAGGUGUCUGUCUUCCUGGUGGUAGAUGCAAAUGUUGCACUGGCUGGACUGGACCAAAUGCUAGUCAUUACAGCUCUGACAAUGGCGAAAAUAUGAUUGUUGCAGACUAUUGCAAUGUGUACUGUCCUUACACUUCUGACAACCUAAACCAAUUAUGUCUCCGACCAAAUUACAUUGAAAGAUUGGCACGCGCUGGACGGAAGAUCACUGUUUAAAUUUUUAAAAGAAGAA